GGACCCCUUUGGAGGCUGACCUCUGCUUUCUGGGGGAAGGAGGAAGGGGAGAUUCCUGGCGCUCCCCAGGUGCCUGUGUCUGGAAGUUUCCCUUUAGGAGGACCUCUCUCUGGAGACUAGAGAGUUUAUAAAUCUGAGCAUUCUCUGUGCCUGUCAGUCCAAGGGAUGUAAAAUCCAUCUUUCGGAAGCACUUUAUUCUUUAUUCCGUUUCUUGUCAGAUCUUUAUUUUGCCCGUGGAUUCAACUGGGAAUGAUUAAAUGGAAUUUAUUGUCAUUCAAGAAAGCAAGUUAUUCUUUGUAUUUGCAUGCUCUCCCUGAGGAGAAGAUGACAAGAGUCUUAAAUUCCUGCUUUCUUCACGGGAGUCAUGGUUAAAGGGAGAAAACAGCCUGGUUGAAAGCUAAGCAUGGGGAAAAGCUGCAAGGUGGUCGUGUGUGGCCAGGCAUCUGUGGGCAAGACUUCGAUUCUUGAGCAGCUUCUGUACGGGAACCAUGUUGUGGGUUCUGAGAUGAUGGAGACCCAGGAGGACAUCUAUGUCGGCUCCAUCGAGACAGACCGAGGGGUGCGGGAGCAGGUGCGCUUCUAUGAUACGCGGGGUCUCCGGGAUGGGGCCGAGUUGCCCAAGCACUGCUUCUCCUGCACUGAUGGCUACGUCCUGGUCUACAGCACAGACAGCCGGGAAUCAUUCCAGCGAGUCGAGCUGCUCAAGAAGGAGAUCGACAAGUCGAAGGACAAGAAGGAGGUCACCAUCGUGGUCCUCGGCAACAAGUGUGACCUGCAGGAGCAGCGUCGUGUAGACCCUGACGUGGCCCAGCACUGGGCCAAGUCCGAGAAGGUGAGGCUGUGGGAGGUGUCGGUGGCUGACCGCCGCUCCCUCCUGGAGCCUUUCAUCUACCUGGCCAGCAAGAUGACCCAGCCCCAGAGCAAGUCUGCCUUCCCCCUCAGCCGCAAGAACAAGGGCAGCGGCUCCUUGGAUGGCUGAGUAGCCGCCCUUCUCGCUUCACCAUUCCAGCCCCUUUCCAGCAGGGGCGGCGGGGGAGAGCGCAGGGUGCAUAAGCAAGCUGUCCUUCCCAGUCAGCAGGGGAGCGACCACGAGGCCAGGGAGCUGGGCUGGCCCAGGCCAGGGCCACUUUUGUCCUCUCUUAACUCUAAGAAGUGCAAGUGAACGUGACCGCUGGCCCUCCCCGUGACCUUCCGUGACAGCUCCACCCCACCCCACCCCACCCCACCCCACCCCACCCCACCCCACCCCACCCCCAGCUGGUCAUAUUCUCUUUGCUGUUGUUACCUGGACACGUAUGGGUUAGUGUCCCUUCCAUCUGCCUGGCACAGGAAGCAGGGCUGUCAUGCCAAAGUGCCCAGUCCAGGAUCUGGCUCCUAUCGGGAAUCCCGGCUCUCUGAAUUUCCUGCCAGUAACCUAUGCACAGUACCAGCCCCAGGGCAAGAGUAACCCGGUACUGUGAGCGUCCAUUUGUGUGUGCUGCCUUAGGGUUGGUUCCUCAUCCUUCACCCUGAUCGUUCCCAUGGACUGUCCAUGGCUGGGUAAAGCCAGGCUCCUGGGAGUGGCAUUUUCUGUUUGACCUCUACCCCGGCUCUUAGUUGUUUGACUUCCUCUUCCUGUUCCAGGAGCAGAGGUCUUAUUGGCCGAGGUAAUAGAAUGAUGACUGGGCUGCCACUUGCCCUGUGGCUUAGCAAGGUUGUUCUCCUAGCAUCAGUCUUCUCACGAUGACCACCUAGAGCCACCGGUAGCUCUGUGAUUUUCCUAAAGCUGGAGGCUUGGGCCUCCAGUAUGCCCCUGUCCCACCCUCUUCAAGGUGCUACCACAACCAGCCCUGGAGGCUGGGCAGCCUCUCCUAACCACCAGGGGGCAGGAGUGCACUCUGCUCAGUGGCACAGUCUGGCCGCUCACAGGGCUAGUAUCCAUCCCUCCUGGUCGGUUAUUAUUAUUAUUAUUAUUUUUUUUUUGGCUAGUAGCUGGACUUAUAUUUAUACUCUCUCUGUAUUUAUACGCCUGCUGCCCUGGUGAAGGUGGGAUAAGACACGCCUCUAGCCCUUUUUACCUCAGAUGCCUGAACAGACCCAGGCAAACCAGUAGCAGCUUCCUAGGAGCUGACAGGCCUUCCGUCAGAGCCUUGUGCUAUCAAGUGAGCUCAUAACCCACAACUUCCGGUGCCCACUUCGUGCUCCUGAUGUGCACACCUCACAUGAUUAAACACUACAGCCAGGCCACCUCCAGUACCCACUCCUGCUCCUCAGAACAGGCGAGAAGGGACUGGUGCCCAGGCCUGGGCAAGGAGAGUCAGGGCACCUACAGGCUCAAGCUUGAAGUUCAUUUAUUGGUGUGUGACACAAUAAAACCACAACUGCUGUUAUCAAAAAGUUUCCCGUCCCCUACCCCUUUUCUUGUCCCAUUGGAAAUAUCUUUCAAAAAAAAAAAGAA